UCGGGUGUGCGUGCGAGUGCGGGCGCGCGCUUGUUUUGGUCUCCGGCGCUCGUCCCCUGCGACCGGAUGUUCACUCAGUUUGAGGGUUUCCCCAAAAGCAAUAACUUCUUAACUUACCCGAAAACAACAGUAUGAAAAAGGGGGGAUUUUUCAGGUAUGGUGCUAAGACAGUUGCCGUUAUGAGAAAGUGAAGCGUUGGGUAUGAGAUGUGUAAAAGAUGGGUAAUCCGGAGUUUGAAGAUGUGUUUGUAGCUGUUAUACGGCCAAAGAGUGCAGUGAGCCUCAGCUGCAAAGAGUAUCGCGCCAAAGCAUACGAGAUUUUGCUGAUUGAACUUCCACUUGAGGGCAAAGAGAAGAAGAGAAAGAAAGUUCUCUUGGGCACGAAAAUCCACACAGACAGUGACAAAACAAAGUCAAUUCUGGAAUAUGUGGACGAAGCAACUAAGCCCAUAUCAAAUAACCAAGGCAUAAUAGGAAAACGUGUUGUGCACAUGAAGAAGUUCCCUCUAGAUGGAGAGAAUGUAGGGAAAGAGGCCUCUCUAUUUAUUGUGCCAAUUAAUGUUAAAGACAACAGCAAGCCUGUGUAUCACCCUGGGAGUCCCAGCUUUUACUGCCUACAAGACAUCAUGCGUGUGUGCAGUGAAACCAGUGCCCACUUCACCUCAAUCACCUCAAAGAUGCUGCUCGGCCUUGACAAGUGGCUGGCGGAGCAGCACAGUGUGCCCCAUGCCAUCCCUGCACUUUUUAGACCCUCGCCUAUAGAGAGGGUCAAAACCAACGUGAGCAAUCCGGCAUACGCUCCUGAGGGCAAGCAGAACAACACGUCUCUGCACAUGGGUUACACUGCACUGGAGAUCAAGAGCAAGAUGAUGUCACUGGAGAAAGCAGACAUGUGCAUAGAAAAUCCACUCUAUGGAUCUGACCUGCAGUACACCAACAGAGUAGAUAAGGUCAUCAUUAAUCCCUACUUUGGCUUGGGAGCUCCAGACUACUCUAAAAUCCAGAUACCAAAAAGAGAGAAAUGGCAACAUAGCAUGACCAACGUGACCGAGGACAAAGAUCACCAGUGGGUGGAUGACUUCCCUCUGCACCGCAGUGCUUGUGAGGGAGACACAGAGCUUCUGUCCAAACUGCUGGAAAGUGGCAUUUCUGUCAAACAGCUGGACAGUGACCACUGGGCCCCCAUACAUUAUGCAUGCUGGCAUGGGAAGGUGGAGGCCACAAAACUUUUGUUGGAGAAAGGAAACUGCAACCCCAACCUGCUGAAUGGACAGCUUAGCUCCCCUUUACACUUUGCAGCUGGAGGAGGUCACUCGGAGAUCGUAGAGCUCUUGCUUCAUCACCCUGAUAUAGACAGGCACAUUGAAGACCAACAGAAACGUUCCCCACUUCAAGUCUGCGAGGAGAAUAAACAGAACAACUGGGAGGAGACUGUAAAACUCCUUAAACAAGCUAAUAACCAACCAUAUGAAAAGGUGCGGAUUUACCGCAUGGAUGGUUCGUACCGCUCAGUGGAGUUGAAGCAUGGCAACAACACUACGGUGCAACAGAUCAUGGAGGGUAUGAGGCUCUCACAGGAAACACAGCAGUACUUCACCAUCUGGAUCUGCUCUGAGAACCUCAGUCUGCAGCUAAAGCCGUAUCACAAGCCCUUACAGCAUUUGCGUAUCUGGCCUGAGAUCGUCACAGACCUCACAGCGCUGGACCCGCAGAGGGAGAGCCCACAGCUGUUCCUACGCCGAGAUGUCCGUCUCCCUCUGGAUGUUGAGAAGAAGGUUGAAGAUCCACUCUCCAUCCUCAUCCUGUUUGAUGAAGCACGCUACUUUCUCCUCAAAGGUUUUUUCUCUUCACCAGACACCAAGCUCAUAACUCUAGCCAGCCUCCUUCUGCAGAUCAUUUACGGCAACUAUGACAGCAAAAAACACAAACAAGGCUUUCUGAAUGAGGAAAACCUGAAAUCCAUAGUUCCAAUAUCUAAAGUGAAAAGUAAAGCACACCACUGGACAAACCGAAUCCUUCAUGAGUAUAAGAAUCUGAGCACCAGUGAGGGGGUGAGUAAAGAAAUGCAUCACCUUCAGCGCCUCUUCCUGCAGAACUGCUGGGACAUCCCCACAUAUGGAGCUGCCUUUUUCACCGGUCAGGUCUACACCAAGGCCAGUUCCAGCACCCACAAGGUUAUUCGUGUUUAUGUUGGGGUCAACACCAAAGGUUUGCACCUCAUGAACAUGGAAACCAAGGUGCUACACCUCAGCAUGGAGUAUGGCACCUUCAUGUGGCAGCUAGGGCAAGCUGACCAGUACGUCCAAAUUCACAGUCUAGAGAACAAGAAGAACUUCAUAGUGCACACUAAACAGGCAGGCCUGAUCGUGAAGCUGCUGAUGAAACUGAGUGGACAGAUAACGCCUAAUGACAGAGCAGCAUCAGAUAAAUACGCAUAUGGCUAACUCCCAUCAUGCACUGCAGAUUCGGAACUCAUGCCAUCAUAUUUCCUUACACAUGUAUUUAUAUUACUUUUAAUGGUAAUGAAGUGUUUAUUUUAUUUACUGUAAUUCUUUAGGGUUUUUGUUCUGUUCCAGCACCUUUUAAACUUUCUAUAUCCUUGUGUUUGGAGCAGUUUUACAUUUUUUUACUUUUUUACAUUGCUGUGCAUAAAAUAUUUAUAUGUAAUGAUUGCAUUUUAAUAAAAAAAUAUAUAUUGUA